AACUUGUCAGAAAAGUUACGAUGAUGGUUUGUUUUGCAACAAUUUUAUUUAAUUUUUCAAAACCAUGAGUUAAAAACCAGUUCUAAACUAAUUAAAUCGUCCAACUAAGCAAUCACAAUGGAAAGACUAAAUACAUAUUGUCGAUUUUGUGCAGAACAGAAGAAUAGCGAUAAAAUGCUGAACCUAAAUGAAGAAAGCAAAAGCAAAGAAGUACAUAAAAAAUUAUCAUUUUUGAACGCUAUUUAUGUAGAUUUAAUAAACAACAACGGUUUACCGAAAACGAUAUGUUUCAUAUGUUACGACGCUCUCGACAAAGCGUACGAAUUUUUGAACACAGUCAUGCGAUCACAAAAUGUAUUGUCGAGUUUAUUCAACAGAGAAGAAUACGUCUCAGAAGACGACAGGGCCUACGACGAUCUUUUAGAAGAAGUUAAAACGGAGAAUUAUCUAGAACAGAACAUGUUAGACAUAAAAAAGAUAGAUGUGAAAAAAGAGCCAAAAGACGAACUGAACGACGAUUUAAACGUACAGGAUAUUUUCGACGCGGCGAUCCGGAAUAUACCAGAAAUGACGAUAUACGCAAACGAAGAGAGUAAUUUAAAGAAGUCGGUGUCUAAAUGGAGUAAUUACCCAUGGACUUGUGCUUAUUGUAAUAUAGAGUUUUUGGAUAUUACGACUCUGAGAUUGCACAGUAGAGUCACACAUGGUCGUUGUAACGCAUUCACUUGUGUGUAUUGCAAGAAUUAUGAUUGUAGUAACUUUGAUCUGUUUAUCAAUCAUGUUAGGAAGCAUAAGAGGAAAUUAAGAAAACGCUGUGAAUACUGCGACGAAGUAUUCGACGAGGAAUUGCUCGACACACAUGUCAGGGAACAUUUCAAAGAUGAUCAGCUACCCUGCCACCUCUGCGGCGAGAUAUUCACAAAAGACUCACUACAGGACCAUUUAGAAGAGUUUGAACCAAUCAAACCGAAACGGAAACGAAACAGAAAACGCGGAGCGCCGUUAACAAUAGAAGAAUUGACUUGUAAACUGUGUAAUAAAGUGUAUAAGACCCCAAAUAGUCUACGCGACCACCAGUCUAUACACACGCAAAACAGAAAGAAAGACUACACGUGCGAUCGUUGUGGUAAAACAUUCUACAAGAAAGGAACGCUAACGUCACAUAUUAUGGCCCAUGACCAAGUCCGUCCACACAUUUGUAAAAUCUGCAAUAAGGCAUUCAUAUUUCCAAACAUGCUUCGACGUCAUGUUGAAAUGCAUACCGGAGUGAAACCGUUUUCCUGUGAACAGUGUGGCAGAUGUUUCCGUUUACAAUACCAGUUAAACGCACACAAAAUAAUACAUACAGACUCUAUGCCGCAUGUAUGCAAGUAUUGUAAUAAAGCAUUCCGAUUCAAGCAGAUUUUAAAGAACCAUGAACGUCAGCAUACCGGUGAUAAGCCGUACGCGUGUGAACAAUGUGGUAUGAAGUUUACGAAUUGGUCGAAUUAUAAUAAGCAUAUGAAGAGACGGCAUGGUAUGGACACGUCGAAAAAGAAAAUUACUCCAGAGGGUGUGUUUCCAAUUAAUCCUCAGACUGGGGAGUUGGUUCAACUCCAGGAUGAUAAUAUGGAAGAGUGGAAGACGAAAAUUAUGAUACCGGGGAAACGAGGAAAGAAAAAAGUAUUAAAAGACUCAUAAAAUGGUACAAAAUUGGCAUUUAAUGUGUGAGUAUUAAGAUUCGAAUUAGUUUGCAAGAAAAAAA